GCGGCGGCGAGAGUGCCGGUUUGGACACUUGAUCCAGUGGAGCUGCUGUCACCUCUACACAGGCACCUUACUGCUUCAAACAACAAAUCUCAGUGUUGCUCUUCACUUCCAGGCCUUAAAAUCUCAAGACAUGUAUUUCCUUGGACUGCUGUCUUUGCUCGCUUUGCAAAGCGAAGCCUUCAAGACCAGUUCUCCUGAUGAAACCAUUUCUGAGCUCUCUGUGAACAUUUACAACCAGCUGCGAGCCACGAGGGAGGAUGAGAACAUCCUGUUCUCCCCUCUGAGCAUUGCCAUAGCCAUGGGAAUGGUGGAGUUGGGAGCCCAUGGAACCACCUUGAAGGAAAUCCGACAUUCCUUGGGGUUUGACAGCUUGAAAAAUGGUGAAGAGUUUGCCUUCCUGAAGGACCUUUCUGACAUGGCAACUGCUGAAGAAAGUCACUACGUGCUGGACAUCGCCAACUCCCUCUACGUGCAGAACGGGUUUCAUGUCAGCGACAAAUUCCUGCAGCUGGUGAAAAAAUACUUUAAGGCUGAAGUAGAGAAUGUAGAUUUCAGCCAAAGUGCAGCUGUUGCUACUCAGAUCAAUAAAUGGGUGGAGAAUCACACAAAUAGUAUGAUCAAAGAUUUUGUGUCUUCAAGAGACUUUGGUGCUCUAACUCAUUUGGCUCUCAUCAAUGCAAUCUACUUUAAAGGCAACUGGAAGUCACAGUUCAGGCCUGAAAAUACCAGAACUUUUUCUUUCACUAAAGAUGAUGAAAGUGAAGUGCAAAUUCCAAUGAUGUACCAACAGGGAGAGUUCUACUACGGAGAGUUCAGUGAUGGCUCCAACGAAGCAGGAGGGAUCUACCAGGUCCUGGAAAUACCCUAUGAGGGGGAUGAGAUCAGCAUGAUGAUCAUCCUUUCCAGGCAGGAGGUUCCCCUGGCCACACUGGAACCACUGGUCAAGGCCUCCUUGAUUAAUGAAUGGGCUAAUUCUGUGAAGAAGCAAAAAGUGGAAGUGUAUUUGCCAAGGUUCACAGUAGAACAGGAAAUUGAUCUGAAGGAUGUCUGGAGAGGUCUGGGAAUUACAGAGCUGUUCAGCAGCAGUGCUGACCUCACUGCCAUGUCUGAUAACAAAGAACUUUACCUUGCAAAGGCAUUUCACAAGGCAUUUCUAGAAGUUAAUGAGGAAGGAUCAGAAGCUGCUGCUGCCUCAGGAAUGAUUGCCAUCAGCAGAAUGGCAGUGCUCUACCCCCAAGUCAUAGUGGACCAUCCCUUCUUCUUUUUGGUCAGAAACAGAAGAACAGGUACCGUGUUAUUCAUGGGAAGGGUAAUGCACCCUGAGGCAAUGAAUUCAAGUGGCCAUGACUUUGAAAAGCUUUAACUGCCACCAGCUACCAAAAGGAGGAGAUAAGCACAUAAAGUUUGAAGUUAAUAUAUUAAGGUUUGCUGUGUUUUCCCCCAAGAUACUGUUUCAAAACGCUUUUGGAUCUAACUGUGCGAGUCAGUUCCCAGAGGAAAGCUUACAGUAUUAAAGUAAUGGUUCUGUUUCUGUCAUUGUGAUUGCUGUGUCCUUAAAAUAAAGUUGUGUACAUGUCAACAA